AUGGAAAUACAAGGACAACAUUGUAAUAAAAUCCCCGAACUUUUAAGACGUUAUCCACCCUCGGAUCAUGCCGAUUUCCCCUUACCCCUCGAUAUGGUAUAUUUUUGUCAACCCGAAGGUUGUACCAGUGUUGGUCCUCGAAGAACUGGCUCAGCAAUUCGAGAUAUGACAUCAUUUGUAUUCGCCUUAACCGAUAAAGAUUCCGGAAAAACGCGAUACGGUAUAUGUGUUAAUUUCUAUAGACCCGUGGAGAAACAUACGCCCAGUGUAGAGAAAGCCCAAACACAUAAUGUAGCAGCCACAGCCCAAAGUACACGGGGUCGUAGGAGUUCGGCAUUUCGCCGAGAAUCAUGGCGUAAAAGUAUGGAGCGAAGUUCAGAUUCGGCAUUUAGUAGUUACGGCCUUCUAACUUCUUCUAGCGACUACAGAAGUAACGUCGCACCAAGUGAUUCUGAUCGUGAAAUGACUUCUCGUAGAGAUUCCGAUACCCAACAUCAUGUUUCACAUCAUGGUCACAAUAUGCAACAGGUACCGAAAUUGGGUCUAAUGGCACCUUCAGCUGACUCUGAAUCGGGUGGCAGUCAUUCACCCUCACCGCGGGCCUCUAGGAAACGUACAAAAUUAAGAAAUCAAUCACUGACUUCAUUGUGUAUAAUAUCACAUCAUCCUUUCUUCACCACAUUUCGUGAAUGUUUAUUUAUAUUGAAAAAGUUAAUAGAUGCCUGUAAUGAAUCCUCCUCGCCCAAGAGGGUGGGGGCAUCACAGAAAAAUAAUCGAGAUAAUGUGUGGACGGUGUUAACGGGUCAUGCUAGUGAGGCGACCUCUUCUAUAGUGCUACAUGAUGUUAAAGAAAUUGAAACCUGGAUAUUGAGAUUGUUAUCGACACCGGUACCAGUGCCGGGUUCAACCAGAGUUGAGGUGGAGGUACUUUCUCCUACAGUCCAUGAACCUUUACUGUUCGCUUUGCCCGAUCAUACUAGAUUUUCUUUAGUCGAUUUUCCUUUACAUUUGCCUUUGGAGUUGUUGGGCGUAGAGACCUGUUUAAAGGUUUGGACUUUAAUUAUGUUGGAGAACAAGGUGUUGUUUCAAUCUCGUGACUAUAAUGCACUCUCCAUGUCGGUAAUGGCGUUUGUCACAAUGUUAUAUCCUUUGGAAUAUAUGUUUCCGGUGAUACCGCUACUGCCCACAUGUUUGAGUUGUGCUGAGCAAUUGCUAUUGGCUCCCACACCGUUUGUUAUUGGUGUACCGGCCACAUUUUUAAUGUAUAAAAAGAAUUUCCGCUUGCCCGAUGAUAUUUGGGUGGUGGAUUUGGAUUCUACAAAGUUAACUCCUCCUACUGGCGGCUAUGAUGAAAUACCUCCGCUACCCGAACCAGAAGGCACAGUUUUGAAAAAUCAUUUGAAACAGGCUAUGCAACUUAUGGAUGAAGCUGGACUUGGUGCUUUAAGUUCUAUGACUGCUUCAAAUCAAGCAAUAUCUACACAACAACUAAUGCCCUCGGUAAGGGAUAGUUUAACAGAGCCCACUCUAUUGGGGGUUUCACAGGCCAGAUUACCUUUACAAUCACCCUCUCAAUCGGCUUACACUAGUCAAAGAAAUUCAGUGUCUACUCAAGGAGCCAUGUCACGCCAACCAAGUCCCAUGAAUUCACCGGCUUUAAAUCCUUUUAUAUAUGGCACCGAUGUCGAUUCGGUAGAUGUGGCCACCAGAGUAGCCAUGGUACGUUUCUUUAACUCCCAAAAUACUUUGGCCAACUUUGCUGAACACACUCGUACGUUACGCUUAUAUCCUCGUCCUGUGGUGGCCUUUCAAAUUAAUAGCUUUUUACGCUCACGACCUCGCGCCUCAUCGUUCCUUAAUCAGUUUGCUAAAACUCAGGCUGUAGAAUUUUUAGCUGAAUGGUCUCUGACACCGACAAAUGUAGCCUUCCUUAGGGUACAAACUGGUGUUAUGGAUCCAUUACAAGUUGGCGAUAAACCCAAAUGGUUUGCUCAUGGUUUAACACCCAUACGGUUUUCCGUUUGGGAUGAUGGCAGUUCCUUAAAUGGUGCUUUACGUUCACUCAAACAAUUGGAAUGUGCAGCCACCGAUGAAAGUGGUUCUGAUUCGGAGGGUGCCGAUAGUUCGAGUUCAUCUUAUUCCUCUCUAAGUGAUUUUGUUUCGGAAAUGGUUUCGUCUGAUCUUUCGCCUAGUUUACAUGAUGUUUUUGGCUCACACAAUCGUCCUCAUAAUGUUCCUCAGACAUUGUCGUCUAAUUUAGAUCCAGCAUUGGUGUAUCAUCCUCCUAGUAAGCUACAAUAUCCCGAGGGUAUGGUGGAACAAAUGUCUUCCAAAGAGGAUGAAGAUGAUCGUCCCGAGUCGCCCAUGUCAUCAGCCUCAUCUAGUCGUUCCGACUUAUCCUCGCCUAGUUUUAAUCGUGAUUCGGAAUUUGAUUUUCCCGCCAAACCAUUUGAGUUGGCUGCACCAGUGGCUCAAAGACUAGAUGCCACCAUUAAGGCAGCCAGUUUGGAACAAGAAUCGGAAAGUAAUUCCAAUAUAACCAUUACCGCACCUCAGGGUCAUCAGAGGACGCCGAGAGAUCAAGAAAAUCGGCAUGCAACAGAAAGGAAAAUUCCGCCUCCCAUAACUCCCGUUAAACAGCCCAGUGUCACUAAUAUUUUGGCUCGCACUGGUAGUUCUGGUUCUAGUUCCAGCAGUCCAGGACGUCAAUCCUCUCAAUCCUCAUUAUUUGAAAAUAUAGCCUCACAUGCCAAGGAUUUAGUAAGAGAAACUACCCGACAAAGUAGCCAAGAGGGCAUAUUGGCUCACAUGGACAAGCAAUCUUUGGAUGAAGAUAUUGAUGACAAAAUGCGUCAUACAUUCGAAAAGCUUACAUUGCAUGCCAAGAAAGCAGCCGGGGAAGCAUCCAAACAAGCUUUAGAAGUCUCUAAACAGGCGGCUGGUGUUAGUAAGAAUACCUUUGAGGAUUUAAGUUAUGUGGGCAAAUCUACGUUGGGAGAUAUAACGAAAAAAGCCAAAGAAGAAGCCACUAAAAAGGGUCUUAUUAAAGUGGAUGAAAAAGCAGAACCACCAAGUCCAGGAGCAGGCAAUCAAUUGGCUACACAAAAACAGGUACAAAACAGUGGCGCAGGCUCGGGAAAUUUCUUUUCCAAUAUAGGUAGUGAUUUUAAUGGUUUAGCUUCGUCAACAUCCACCAUGUUUUCGGGAAUGUUUGGAAAGAAAAAUCAACAAAAACAACCCCAAGUCUCAGCACAACAAACUAUGGGUCCUAAAUCAAAGUCUGGUUUGGGUUUUGAUCCCUUUCCGGGACGUAAGGGUUUGGUAGAAAGAACACCUUUGAUAAAACAUGCCGGACCACAUAAAACCCAAGAAGAAAUAACGAGACAACAAAAUCAGGAAAGAUCACAUAGUAAUGCUGAAAAUCAAGCCUUUCUAAAAGACAUGACAAAUCAGGUAUUGGCCGGUGAAGGAAUAGGCUGGUUGAAAAUGAAUCGCUUUAAGAAACUAAUGGAAGAUGAAUCCUAUCGCACUUUGGUUUUGAGUAAACUAAAUAAAACUUUGGAUAAGAAAAUAGCUCCCGAUGAUCAUAUAGAUGAUAUGUGUGUCACAAAACCGGUAUGGAAGGGCAUGCUGAAAUGUCUGCAGGCCAUUACAUCCGGCCUAGAGGUCACUUUCUCUAAUUUUGGUUUGGGAGGCACUGCCUCCGUUUUUCAAAUGAUGGAAAUUGCUCAUACCCAUUACUGGAGUAAAGAACUCAAUGAUGCUAGUGAUAUGUCUUCUAGUUUACUCUCUAGCCAUGCUACCAGUCCCAUGGGUAGUAGAGAAAAUUUACGUUCUCCCUCUAGUCCUAAUGGCUCACACUCUGGUCUGGGUAGUGAAUGGGCUUCACCGCAAGAAUCGCGUAAAAGUUCUACACAUACCGAUAGAUCGGGACCAACACAAGUUGCUGGCAAUACUGGUCCCUCAAGACGUCUAUCUACAGCCGAUAGUCAAGAUGGCCAAUCUACCACAGAAAUGUUUAAGGAUAUGUUGGCUCAGAAGAGAUCGGCUUUAUUGAGUAAAUUAACAUCAUUUGAUUCAGAUGCUGCUGGUUCUACCGGUGCACUAUCGGUUGUUAGUGAUCUACUGCCCGUUGGUAGUUUGAAUGUACGUAUGCCAUCCAGUUGUCGUUCUACUGUUUCCGAUACUGAAUACGAAAAUACAACAACCUCUAAGGAUUCUAAACGCGGUUCAGCAAACAUGUGGUCUGGUAAAUCUACUCUUAGCGCUGGUUUUCGCUAUACGGGUGGUCAUUUAAUAAAUACCUCUUCAUCGCCGUCGCCCGAUAGUCCUCGUGUUUAUUUGUUCGAGGGUUUAUUGGGUAAGGAUCGCUCAAAUCUUUGGAAUCAAAUGCAAUUUUGGGAAGAUGCCUUUUUGGAUGCUGUGAGUCAGGAGCGUGAUAUGAUUGGUAUGGAUCAGGGUCCCAUUGAAAUGAUGGAACGUUACAAAUCUCUGAGUGACUCGGAGCGUAAACGUUUAGAACACGAUGAAGAUCGUUUACUUUCUACAAUGUUGUAUAAUUUAACCGCCAUUUUGGUAAUGUUAAAUGUGAAUAAAGAGGAAAUACGACGAAAAAUAAGAAGAUUACUGGGUAAAUCUCAUAUUGGUCUAGUAUAUGCUCAAGAAGUUCACAAUGUGGUGGAUCAAAUAAAUAAUUUGAAUGGUAAUGAUAUUGAUUUAAAACCACUCGGUUCGAGACUUUUGCAUCGUCAAAGUUUCACCGUUCACCAGGGUGUUGAUGCCUCGGGUCCAUUACGUUUUAUGGAAGUACGAGAUGAUGGUUUAGUUUUGCGUUCCGUAGAUGGCACCAUUGUAGAGCGAUGGUGGUAUGAACGUUUAGUUAAUAUGACCUAUUCUCCGAAAACAAAAUUACUUUGUCUAUGGCGGCGUAAUGGUGGUCAAACUCAAUUGCAUAAGUAUUAUACCAGAAAGUGCAAAGAACUUUACAAUUGUAUUAAAGAAGCCAUGGAACGUGGUGGCACUCCCACUAAUGUUCCCGAGCUUGGCGGUGAAUUCCCUGUGCAAGAUAUGAAUACCGGGGAAGGUGGUCUAUUGCAAGUGUGCCUUGAAGGUGUUGGUUUGUUAUUUGCCAACAGCAAGUUUUUUGUUCGUUUGGAUCAUAUACGAAAGUGUUUUACACAAAAGGGUGGCAUCUUCGUAUUAGAGGAAUAUAAUCCCAAAACUCGCCAACUCAUACAACGAAAAUAUAAAUCUACUAUGGCCGAUCAAAUAUGUUAUUCGGUAUUAUGUGUCUUCUCUUAUGUGGCGGCUGGUCAAGAUCAAAAUCAAAAGAAAAAUCCGGUGGUAAUAACACCACAAAUACAAGAUAUUCAUGCCCAACAAAAGCAACAACAUGCCCAACAACAUCAUCCGCAACAGCAGCAGCAACAUCAGUCACAACAACAUCAAUCUCAAUUUACUGCCUCAUCAACGGCUCAUAUGUCUAAAACCUCACAUUUACCCUCGCAACAACAAAAUAAUCAUAAACAUCAGACUAUAACUAUACGUCAUACCCAGCCCAUGCAAAAACCAACAAUAACUACAUCUACCGUACAGCCACAAUCGAAAUUAGUCCAUACAAAUGCUAAAACUCAUACUACAGCCACCAUGGCUACUUCGCAAUCGCAAAUGCAGCAUCAGUAUCAUCCUCAACAACAGCAACAACACCAACAACAACAGCAAGCAACUCAACAUCAUUCGCCAAAACCUAAAUCUCCCAUACAACAACCAACAUCACCACAUCCUCCCUUGGGUCCACGCUCUAGCUCAGGCAGCCAGUCGGGUCCCUUACCACAAUUGCCACCUCGCAUACCUUCGCAGACUUCUACAGAAAGUUUGGCCACUUCACCUACUCCUUCAACUGGUUCACAGGGUAGAAUUAGAGGUCCUCCACCCGGACCACCGCCCGCCAUACCUCCACGCACUGGUGCCAUAGCCCGAAGUGGGUCGGUACAACAGCCCACCAUUACACAACAAAGAACAUUUAAAAGACAAAUCUCCGCUAAUUCAACACCACCCCAAUACACACCACAACCGCCACCAGCAUUUGUUAUACCCAAACGUCAUACACCUAUUUCAAGGGCAUCGUCUGUGGCCACUUCAAGUCUCAGCGCUGCAAACACUGCCUAUGCUCAUCAGCAUCACUCUACCAGCACAACAGCAGCUGCAUCUGCUGUAGCUGCCUCCUCAUUGCCUUCACCCUACAAUAUCCAACAGAAACGUCCUUCAUAUGGCAGUGUUAGCCUAAGUUCAUCACAAUCCUCUUCCUCACCCAAUUCAAAUACCGGUAGCAGCUCUACCUCGCCUCAGGCCCACCGCAAACACUGACGAAGGAGUUCUUUUUUCAAGUUUAGCAGAGGCGAAAGUAAACACGAACAUACGGCUGCCAGUGCAGCUGGCGGUGGUGGCGGCGGUGGAGGCAAAUCCGGUGAUGAGCCCUAUUCUAGAGAAGUUUGUCGCACCAUGUGUAUUCCUUGGCUUUAGGGUUCGUGUUAUAAAUAAGAUUUAAGAUAAACUAAAUACAAAAUUAUGUCUAAAUAUAUGCUUAUAACAAUAGAGUUCAAAUGUGAAAAGAAAUACCAUUAAAAGAAAAUAAAACUAUUCCAUAUCUUUAAAACAAAUGGCUUAAAGUUCAAGAUAAAAAAAUUUUGUUAAAACAUACUAAACUUACUCUUGUAAUAAACAGCAGCUAAAUACCUAAAAAAAAGAUUAAACAAUUUAAAACUGUUAUUGAGAAUAAAAAGUAUUACUUUUUUCUUUGAUUUAACACUUUUCAAACAAUUUACAAUUAUUUAAAACACUUAAAAGCACAAAUUAUUAUUUAUUAACUUUUUUGCAGAAAAAAAAACACAUGUUCACUUGUCAACAACUAAAAACAAACUCAACUUAAUAAAACAAAACACUCUCACUAUCUAACUUGCCACUACUCUCUCUCUCUUCUUAAUUCACCUAUUUUGUUUGUUUACAUUUCUUCUAUUUAUCAACACAAGCAUGGUUGCAUUUUAUUUUCACUUCGUUUUAUUAAACAGUGUUGCCCAUUAACAAGAAAAACUAACAACUACAAAUUUGUCCUGAAAGCUUUAAUUAUAAAUAAAUAUAGUUUAAUUAAAAUUUAACUAAACUGAUCAACAGAUUAAUAAAGAAAAUAUUAAUAGAAAAUAUGUUAAAAAAUAAAAAUGAAAUGAUUAAAUAAAUAAA